AUGGGAGAAGAAGAAGACGUCUCGAGUGUUGUUGCCAGCUCAAUUACAAUGGAUAGUGAUGAAUUAGGCGACAGGGAAUCGGUGUACGCCGUUAGAGAUGCCCUUGAAUCUGCUCAAAAUGGGGAUUCUGAUCUUUAUGCUCAGCUUGUCGGAAUCAUGUACCUUAAAGAAAAUUCUGAUUUCGAUAAAGUGGCACAGCUUGAGUCACUCUUGAAAGUCCUGCAAGGUUCUCUGUCUUGCAUAGAUGUAGUUCACCAUCGAGAUCUUCUUUCUUCUAUUUUUAGGAUGAGCUUGUGGGAUCACACGCCUAGUGUCAUGGACGCAUUGGUGGACCUAGUCGUGUCACUGGCUGCUACUAGUGGAAAGUUUCUGGACCAUUGUUUGAAUAUGCUCAUAAGCAAUUUCCUUCAGCCUUCUUUUGUGAUGCAUAAACUUUCGCAACCUCGUGCACUCGCCAAGAAGCAGGAAGUUCUUCCCCGGGUGCAUGCUGCUCUUCAACAGAUUUCUUAUUUGGUUCCUCUUGCUCCCUCGAAAUUAGCGCCCAUACUUGCCCAGAAGAUGCCUAAAAUACACGUAAAGGAUCAUUUGGUGGUAACGUAUGUGGAUAACUUGUUGAAGUUGGAGAAUAGCUCGAUUGGAAAAGUUGUUGGCAGCGUGAUUCUUAGGGUGGUGAUGGAUAGGCUGCGAGAUUUGGAUUUGGAGAUUGGGUGGGAUGAUAUUCUCCAAGAGGAUUCUAAUAGAGGAAUGUUUGAUAUGGAACUUGAAGAUGCAGUUGAAGGAGCUAUGGAUGAAGGAGACGAGUUUCCAGUGGGGUCUCUAAAUCAAAAUACUAGUGAUGGAAAUGUAGUCUCUGAGUUGUUGGACAAAUUGAUGGUCCUAUCUUUUGAGCAUCUUGAAUCAUGUCAAAAUUCUGGUCGUCUGGAUGAGGUGUUUGAAAUCCUCUUCGAGUCGUUUGAGAGCUACAUUCUGAACACGUACAAAUCAAAAUUCUCACAGUUCUUGAUGUUCUAUGCAUGCUCACUAGCUCCUGAAACUUGUGGUGUAAAAUUUGCCAAUAAGCUGUUGGACAUAUAUCUCUCCAGCAACAAACCUCGGGUUACGAGGAUGAGUGCAGUGGCUUAUCUAGCUAGCUACUUGUCUCGUGGAAAGUUUUUGCCGGCUUCUUUUGUGGCUACCAUGUUGAAAAGAUUGGUGGACGAGUGUGAGGAUUAUUGCAGAACAUGCAAUGAUGAUGUUAGGCCAGAAACACAUCAAGUUUUCUAUUCUGGAUGUCAGGCAAUCUUGUACGUGCUAUGCUUCCGGAUGAGAUCCAUUUUGAAUGUUCCUUGCUUUGAGUUGCAGAUUACACCAUUGGAGUCGAUUUUAUCUCACAAACUAAACCCAUUGAUGGUGUGCCUUCCGUCUGUAGUUUCCGAGUUCCUUAAACAAGCCAAAGCUAGUGGUCUGUUCAUCGUCUCAGAGGCCUUCGUUUUCGACGACCUACUCGAGUCUGAACUCUCUCGUGCGUUUGGUGGCUAUGAAAGGCUUGAUACAUUCUUCCCCUUCGACCCUUGCUUGUUGAAAAUCUCUAACAGCUUUAUCUCACGGAACUUCAUGUACUGGUCAAUGGUGAAAACGACUUAUGACGAAGAUGAGGAGGAUGAGAUGUGUCCUGAGGUCAUAGUGAAUGGAGAUGCAGACAGUGAGGAGGACAGUGACGAUGACGAUGACGUGGAUGUUGAUAGCGAGGUGAACAAGAUGUCUAUGACGCCUAAACACUCCUUCAUGCUCGAAACAGAAACACUCUUGAAGAUGCCUUCUAGAAUCAGACCAAUCCACUAG